AUGUCUAGCACAAUGGACUCCCCCUUAACGCAGCAAAGUAGACCCGAAACAUUCAAGCCUAAGAUUGUGCAACUAUAUGAGAACUUAUUUCAAAAUUCCGAAUAUGUUGACCCAUCAGAAGGGUUUUGGAGGGAAUUCUUCCUAUUGCCGCCUGAUCGAGCCCAGCUCAAUACUAUUCUCGAGGCUCUCAGUCCCGAUGAAACGCUUAAUCUUCAGACUCAAACCCAGCUGCUCUUCACUCGCGCAAUCCGCGAGGCUGCCUCCGGGUCUGCCCCCGUCGAUGCAUAUGCCCUCGAGACAUUGACAGCCUUUCUGGCCUGCAUUCUGAAGAAGAAGUAUACCAACCCCAGUUCCGACGUCAUCGCCGUUCUGGCUGGUCUCGAUAAGGUUGAUCAGGUCAUUUCCAAUUUUGUCGCUGUCCUGGAUGGCAUCAUCCGUAGUGGCAGCAGCAUGAACAUUCGGUUCAAGGCGAUUCGAACAGCCAUUGCCAUGACCAGUGGAGCAUACAAGACCAGUCUGGUGUCAUACUUUACUCAUCGAGAUUUGUUCCCUUCAAUCAUGAAGCUUGUGCAUGAAUCGGAAUCACCAAUGCAAGUCUUUGAACCAUUUCUCCUCCUGGGCCUUCUGGCCAACUACAACAAGUUUGAGCUUCAGAAUCCAUAUCAACUACGACUUGAUGACUUUGUCAACGAGUCGAGCAUUGAAAAGAUUGUUAAAGGAGUUGCUAUCUCCUGUGGUGCCUUGAGAAACGGCUAUGUAGCUGUACAAGACGACUCCCCUGAGGGCUGGACCCUGAUCGGGACUCUGAUAUAUUUUGGAUUGGGCGUGCUAUCUCCUUCCAAACGGGAAAGGCCAGCGCCUCCCUCGCCUGAAGAAGCGAAGGAGAUGUUUGCGGCUCUACCAGCACAGCAGGCAGCCAUCCUCCUCGCCACAUACGACUUCACAAAUGCAAACAAGCUUUUUGGCUACCAUCUGAUCAAUUCCGCGCCGGCAAAGGACACCGAGGAGUCUCCGUUUUCCAGCUUUCUGUCCCUGACCUCCUACCUCACGCACCACGCGUACCGCUCUCCGCGUGUUGCAUAUUACGCUGAGCUUAACCUCUUCACUUUACGUAUUCUCUCCGAGGACUCGACUUCAUGCAAGCUUCUGUGCAGCGAUGAAAGCAAAAGAAAGGUCCGCCUUUGUAGGCAAAGGCAACCUUAUUUGCCUCUCGUGGCAGGAAAUCGUGUGCUUGCGACUGCCGUAUUUGACAUUUUGAUCGAUGCCAUCUCACACAAUCUGAGACGUCGUCUCGACGUUCAACUCUACAGCCAUACAAUCGCAAUCUUCCUCCGCAUCCUCACCUACCUAUCCAUGAACAGAAUUCGACUCGCCUACCACUGGUCGGAACUAUGGCGCAACCUGCUCUCCCUUUUGCGCUUCUUGACCACCUACGCCUCUGACCUAACCAGCAGCCCGUACAUAACAACUCUAGCCACCUCCCUAGUGGACCUCGUCGCAUUCUGCGUAUCCGCAGGGGACACCUUUCUCCCCGACCCCGCCUCCUACGACGAUCUCUUCUACAAACUCGUCGAAACAGGGCCCAUCAUCGCCAAGUUCCGCGACGUCUACUCCCUCAAACCAUCCGCCGCAUCAUCUAGCCUCUCCAAAACCGCCGACUCAAACAAGGACAUCCACGUGGCUGCCGUUGAAACCCUCAUCUCCGUCUCUACGCACUUCUAUGCUCUUCUUUUCAAUCCGGGUACAGAUGCAGAGACCAAGUCAGAGGGCGACGCCCAGACACCCGUUCCGAUACCAGCGGCACAGAAGAAGAAUCUUGGUCCGCGCGAAGUCCAUCGCAUCAUCAAGCAGGGAUACGAUACGUUGAGCAUUCAGCCUCCCGAGGGCUUGAGCGCAUGGACGAGGUAUCGCGAGGCGGACUGGAAGACGGAGUUGAAGCGGGCGGCGAGGUGUGCUGUUGAUGAUGCUACGCAGCUGGUGGCAUAG